AGAUACUAGCAAACUAAGCCUGUCACGAACUUCAACCUCACGCCACUAAUUAACACCAUGAUCUUUCUAGUGGAUACACUACACGCGCGCACGCCAUUAGCUAACUCGCUUAGCCACUACUAGUGGCGAGAUACACAAGAUCUCCAAGACGCACAUGUCAGAACUAGCAGGCACUAAUUUAUAACAUGCCCGAUUUAGUUGUCUUCAAGCCUUGCACGCUCUACAUGGACGGCAACGUUAACAUCACUGGCGUGCGUGUUCGUCCUCUCACCAGCACUCCCAGUUAAUGUAACUUAUAUAAGGAGCUCAAAGGCUAUGCUCGGUACGCACAGCACUCUUGCCGCGAGAGGAAGAUAAUCGAAGCAAAAAAAAAGAUGGCUAUGCUUAGAGGCCUAUCACUCCUGCUUUCUGUCACCUUCUUCUCAAGCUACCUCAUCUCAGUCCCUUCCCUAGCUUCCUCCGAUGGCUUCCUCCAGUGCAUAAGGGAGAAGAUACCCAGCGAGCUCGUGUACACCCAGUGCAACACCAACUUCACCGCCGUGCUGGCCUCCUCCGUCAGGAACCCCAAGUUCUUCACCAACACCACCGUGAGGCCGCUCUGCGUCGUCACGCCCACCCACGCCUCCCACGUCCAGGCCGCCGUGCUCUGCGGCCGCUGGCAGGGCGUGCGCCUCCGCGUGCGCAGCGGCGGCCACGACUACGAGGGCCUGUCCUACCGGUCGGCGCGGCCUGAGGUGUUCGGGCUGCUCGACCUCGGAAACCUCCGGGCCGUGACCGUCAACCGGUGGGAGUACACGGCCUGGGUCGACUCCGGAGCCACCAUCGGGGAGCUGUACUACGCCAUCGCGAAGAAUAACCCCGAGGUCGCGUUCCCGGCGGGCGAGUGCCCGACCAUCGGCGUGGGCGGCCACUUCAGCGGCGGUGGCGUCGGCAUGAUGAUGCGCAAGUACGGCCUCUCCAUCGACAACAUCCUCGACGCCAAGCUGGUCAACGCCAACGGGGAGCUCCUCGACAGGGCCGGCAUGGGGGAGGACCUCUUCUGGGCCAUCCGAGGCGGCGGCGGCGGGAGCUUCGGCAUCGUGCUCUCGUGGAAGGUCCACCUCGUGCAGGUCCCACCGAUGGUAACAGUGUUCAGCAUCGCAAAGACGCUUGAACAGGGCGCCAUAGACAUCCUUACCAAAUGGCAAGACGUCGGCCCGUCGCUCCCCGGCGACCUCACGAUAACGGUGAUGCUGUCGGGGCAGCAAGCCGCGUUCCGGGCCAUGUACCUGGGCACGUGUAACUCGCUCGUGGCGACGAUGGGCGAGCAGUUGCCGGAGCUCAACAUGACGAGCGCCGACUGCCAGCCCAUGACCUGGCUCCAGUCCACGGCCUUGUCCUUCAUCACCUUCACCAACAACAGACCGCUGGAGGAGGCGCUCCUGAGCAGGACCACCAGCCUCAGCACAUUCACCAAGGUCAAGUCCGACUACGUCACGCGCGCCAUCCCGAAGGCCGCGUGGAAGGACAUCUUUUCCUGGUUCACCAUGAACGGCGCCGGGCUCAUCGUGCUCGAGCCCCACGGCGGGCUCAUGGCCGCCAUCCCCGCCGCCGCGACGCCGUACCCGCACCGGAGCGGCGUGCUGUACAUCAUCCAGUACAUCGCGUUCUGGCAGGGCGACGGCGGCACCGCGGCCACCACCUGGCUCGCCAGCUUCUACGACUUCAUGGGGCACUACGUGAGCAGCAACCCGAGGCAGGCGUACGUCAACUUCCGGGACCUGGACAUCGGCCAGAACGUGGCGGCGGACGACGUCAGUACCACGUCCCGGAGUGGCAAGGUUUGGGGUGAGCGCUACUUCAUGAGCAACUACCAGAGGCUCGCGGCGGUGAAGGCGGCCGUGGAUCCCAUGGACUACUUCAGAAACGAGCAGAGCAUCCCCCCGUUGCGACCAAUCCCAGCCUACAACGACUACAACGACGACCCAAGUGAGCAGAGAUUCAUGCCUAGAGAUCCCAUUAAUUAGUACAAGUAAUAAUCGAUCCUUCCACUUCAAGAAUGAUGACUACAGGUCGGGAUUAGCCUACUUUCCUUAAUAAUCAAUAAUACUCUAUCAAGUCAUAUUUCUCCUUCGUGAUGACUGCUCGGUGGAGACAUCUUACUCUACUGUCCAGGAUAAACAUUAUCAAGUUGUAUCUGAGUGGACUGCGAUAUGCAAGGUUAGGAUGUGGAUGCCUAUUAAGAUGUCCCUAAUGAAAAUGACACAGUAGUCAUUUGAGGCAUCAGAGUUGUGUUAGGAUGUCUAUUCAUCGGCACUAUGACACAGUAGUCAUGUGAGGCAUGUCUACAUGUUUGGCAGGUUAAGAGUCAUGUUGGGCAUGUCUAUGUGUUUGGCACCAAGUACAGGUAGUCUCCGAUUGGACGAGUGUGAUAAGCUACACUCUACGACCUUAUAGCACUCUUAUACCACGACUUGUAUUUGCAUCAUGUUACCUGCACCCUUAUGU